AUGGCGGCGAACGAUACCAAGGCCAAUCACCAGGAGGGCGGCAAACGUAAGGGUUUCUUCGCCCGAUUCCUCAAGAAGAGCAAACCCAAAACACCUGUUCCCAAGAGUUCUAGCGGUAAGAAUACGAAAGCGUCACAGGCUCCGCCUCCUCCUCCUCCGAUCGCGACCCCCAUAAUGCCCAAAAAAAGUAUCCUGAAGAGAGAAUUCUCCAGUACGCAAGACCGUAGUCCUGCAUCGUCUGCGAACACCGACGAUCGUUCCACCAGAGUUUCGUGGUUGUGCCGCACACGGUAUUUUCAGAAAAUGUGCGACUCAGCUUUUGAAGUGGUGGAUCAGGACGGCUCAGGAGCAGUGGACGAAAAGGAGUUGUAUUCCGGUCUAUUACUGAUUCAUUUGAAGCUAGCUUGUCGGCCUCUGGGACGUGAACGUUGUCACGCUAUUUUUGUCAAAAUGGAUACGGAUAACUCGAACAGCUUGGAUAAGGAAGAAUUUCGUGAAGUUAUGAUGGUUCUCUUUAGCAACGUUUUGUUGCGUGUCACGGCCCAAUGGAGCAUGACGCUGUUAAUCGUCCCUCUGUUGGCGCAGAAGGUUCUGGACGGGAUAUGUUGGCUAUUCAACGUCGUGUACGGCAUCAUAACGGACCUGGACGAGCAUUCUUCUAUUGCUAAUCGAAUUGAGCUGAGCAUCGAAGCGGCGUAUGCAUGGAUUUUGAGCCGUUUACCGGGUCCGCUUCUAUUUGUGGCGGACGCAGUGCAUGACGGAAUAUCGUUUGUUCCGGAGCACGUUUGGAAUACUAUUCCAUUGACCUUGCUAUCGACUCUUCUUGGGCUACUGGCAGUGCCUUGGCUGCUGUUCCAAAUCGACGAUUUCUUUCAGUAUCUUGCGGAUCGAAAAGCCAAAAAAAGGGUGUCAUGA